UAAAAAAUGAUGAUUGGCUGAAAAGAAAAAAAAAUCACAGAAUCAGUGCAUGGAGAUGAAUCAAACCAUAUGCAUAAUGUUACUCUAUUCGGUUAUCUUCUUUCUCAUGCUAAAAACUUGUAGAUCUUUAGACACCAUAGUUGUGCAUCAAAACUUGUUAGAUGGUGAGACCAUUAUUUCCGGGAACGCAGCAUUCGAGCUGGGUUUCUUUAGCCCAGGCAGUUCCAAAUAUCGAUACCUGGGGAUAUGGUUCAAGAACACAUCACCUCAUACGGUUGCAUGGGUUGCUAACAGGGAAACACCACUUACUGAUUCCUCUGGCAUGCUCAAAUUAGACAGCCAAGGGAUCCUGUCUCUUGUCAAUAGUAGCGGUACAACCAUUUGGUCAUCCAACUCCACGACAUCUGGAACAAAUGCCAAUCCUGUAGCACACCUCUUAGAUACGGGCAAUCUGGUAAUUAAGAGUGAGAAUCAAACCAACAAGAAUAUUCUCAUUUGGCAAAGUUUUGAUUACCCUGGAGAUACCUACUUACCAGGAAUGAAGUUAGGGAAGAAUUUCAUAACAGGACGAGAGAUGUACGUGACAUCAUGGAAGAGUGCAGAUGAUCCUUCUCCAGGUAAGUAUACAAUCAGAUUUUCAAUGGUCAAGGGAAACUAUCAACAAGUACAUAUUAGGAAAAGCUCUGUUAUUGAAGGAAGGAUUGGGCCGUAUAAUGGUAUAGCGUUCGCUGGGCAGCCAAGCUAUAAAAGUAAUCCACUUUAUACGUUCAACUUUGAUAUGAUUGUAGAUGAGAAUGAGAUGUAUUUUGUAUUAAAUUUUAUGAGCACAUCAUUCUUGUUAAGGUUGAUAGUGACUCCAGGCGGGAAGUAUGAGGUUUUCAACUAA